AUGGGAAGCUUAUUACCAGAAGAGGGAAGUUCAGCAAAAUUUGCACAACUUUACAUCUAUGAUACACAAAAUGAGAUCAAGAAUCGCAGUUCCAUUCUUAGCUCUGGCAACAAAACCAACCAAUGGAAUUUGGAGAUCAUAUCUGAUGUUAUUGAAAUGCUGGAUCAACAUAACGUUCUUGCAAAAAGUUUUCGCAUGGUAAGAGACGUAAUCAGAACUAAUCCACAAACUAAUGUUCGUUUACGUCUUAUUGGGAAAAGGGGCAAAGAUGGAAGGCGAUAUAAUCUACCAUCUGUUGAUGAGGUUGCAGGUUUAGUUGUUGGAGAUUUUGACUCAAAUACAAAAGAAAGAGAUAUUAUUGUCGAAACAAAAUCUGGCCAACUUCAACGAAUUUCAGAACUCAACCCAUCAUAUUUAGGAUUACAAUAUCCUUUACUAUUCCCUUAUGGUGAAGACGGCUGGAGAGAAAACAUCCUUUUAAACAAAUUGCCGAAAAAUUCUACACAGGAAAGCUCCUACGUUAGCAUGAGGGAUUUUUUCGCAUUUAGAAUUCAGCAUAGAUCAAGUCGUGAAGGUGUUUUGUUGUAUUCUCGACGACUUUUUCAACAGUUUUUAGUUGAUGCAUUCUCAAUGGUUGAAGCGGCUAGACUUAAAUAUGUAUACUCAAAGCAAAGACAAUUCAGAGCUGAAAUCUAUAAAGGUCUAAAAGAUGCAAUUAUGAACGGUGAAACUGAGGCAUCAUCACUAGGUAAGCGCAUUGUUUUACCUGCAACAUUCACAGGGGGACCACGAUAUAUGAUUCAGAAUUACCAAGAUGCAAUGGCAAUUUGUAGAUCAAUUGGUUAUCCAGAUUUAUUUAUAACAGUAACUUGCAACCCACAAUGGGAAGAAUUGAAGCGUUAUUGUAAGGAAAAUAAUUUAAAACCUGAAGAUAGACCAGACAUGGUUUGCACAUUAUUCAAGGCAAAGUUGGACAUACUCAUCAAAGAUAUCCAAAAGAAUAGAAUUUUUGGUACAUCAAGGGCAGUUAUAUAUACUAUUGAGUUUCAGAAGCGUGGAUUACCCCAUGCACACAUACUACUAUUUCUUGCACAAGAGCAUAAAUUCCCUGGUCCUGAUGACAUAGACAAUAUUAUCUCAGCAGAAAUUCCAGAUCAGACUCUGGAUCCAGAAUACUAUCAGGCAGUUAAGGCUUUUAUGAUGCAUGGACCCUGUGGAAUUGCAAACAAAAAUUCACCUUGCAUGGAGAACGGUGUUUGCACCCGACAUUUUCCUAAAAAAUUCGUAGAGUUUACCACCAUCGAUCAAAAUGAAUAUCCAGUUUAUAGACGUCGAGAUGCUGAUCAUACCAUUGAGGUUUUAGGUAUUCAUUUGGAUAAUUGGUAUGUUGUGCCACAUAAUAAGUUCUUGUUGAUGAAAUAUGAUGCUCAUAUCAAUAUUGAAUGGUGCAAUCAAUCAAGAUCGAUAAAGUAUCUUUUUAAGUAUGUUAACAAGGGAAGUGAUCGAGUCACAGCUUCUUUUUAUUCAACUUCAACGCUUCCCAAUUCUAAUUCAAUCAUAGAUGAAGUGAAAAUGUAUUAUGAUUGUCGGUAUAUCUCUCCAUGUGAAUCUGCUUGGAGAAUAUUUGCAUUUGAUAUUCACUAUAGAAGACCUUCAGUUGAACGGUUAAGCUUUCACUUGCCCGAUGAACAACCAGUUAUCUUUGAAGAUCAAGACAAUUUGCAAAGAACUGUUGAUAAAGCAACAAUUAAAGAAUCCAUAGAUGCAUGUUACGCGCGUGGGUUACUUGAUGAUGAUCAAGAAUACAUUGAUGCUAUUGAAGAAGCCAGUCAUUGGGGUUCUGGAUAUUAUCUGAGAAAGCUGUUUGCAACUCUUUUGUGGUCAAAUUCAAUGACUCGGCCUGAAGUAGUUUGGCAGAGAUGUUGGACUUUACUUUCAGAUGGGAUACUACAUAAUCAUAUAACUAUGUUCAAUUUACCAGAUGAUGAAUUAUCAGAACUUACUCUAAUAGAGAUUGAACAAAUACUUAACAGCAAUGGCAAAACACUUCGAGAAUAUGCAACAAUGCCAUUUCCCAACAUGGAUAACAUCCACAGCAUGAGACGUGGCUCUUUGCAAAACAAAUUAAUAUUAGAUGAACUCCGCUAUGAUCGAGUUAUGUUGGCUGAGCAACACAAGCAAUUUUUAUCACAAAUGACAAUAGAACAAAAAUAUGUAUAUGACCAAAUCCUUCAAGCUGUCAAUUCAGAUUGUGGUAAAGUUUUCUUCUUAUAUGGGUACGGAGGUACAGGAAAGACUUUCGUUUGGAAUACUAUCUCAGCUGCUCUUAGAUCAAAGGGUCAAAUUGUCUUAACAGUUGCUUCAAGUGGAAUAGCUUCACUCUUGCUACCUGGAGGAAGAACAGCUCAUUCCAGAUUUGCAAUCCCCCUAACUCCUGAUGAAUAUUCCACCUGUAAUAUAAAACAAGGAAGCCCACUAGCUGAGUUAAUUUUGGCAACCAAACUUAUUAUUUGGGAUGAAGCACCAAUGAUGAAUAAGUUUUGCUUUGAAGCACUAGAUCGAACUAUGAGAGACUUGCUUCAGCACACAAAUCAUUCAAGUUUACGGUUGCCAUUUGGGGGAAAAACAGUCGUCUUUGGUGGUGAUUUUAGGCAAAUCCUCCCAAAUAUGAGAUUAAGGGCUUCAAUAGAAGAUGAAAGCGUCAAAGAACGAAAAGAAUUUGCACAGUGGAUCCUUGAUUUAGGAGAUGGAAAGCUUGCUCAUUCAGAAGAUGGAUACAGCAUGGUUAAUGAUUAUAUGCUAGCUUUAAAUGAAAAUGAAAAAAAGGUUUAUCUCAGCUCGGAUUCACCCUCCUUUAAAGAAGGUGCAGCAGAUAGUCUAGCAUCAAUGCAUACUCCAGAAUUUUUGGCAACUAUUAAAUCUCCCGGACUUCCAAAUCAUGAGCUGAUCUUUAGGCAAGGCUGUCCUGUCAUGCUUAUUAGAAAUAUUGAUCAUUCAGCAGGCCUUUGUAAUGGUACUAGAUUAGUUAUCACAAGGCUUGGCAACAAAGUUAUCGAAGCAGAAGUCUUAUCAGGAUCUAACAUUGGUGAAAAGGUUUUCAUACCUAGGAUGACAUUAACUCCUUCGGAUACAAAACUGCCAUUUAAGUUUCAACGAAGGCAAUUUCCUUUGAUGCUCUCAUAUGCCAUGACUAUAAAUAAAAGUCAAGGACAAUCAUUGGAUUAUGUUGGAUUACUCCUUAAACAGCCAGUAUUCACACAUGGCCAACUAUAUGUUGCAGUCUCAAGAGUUACUAACAAAUAUGGACUGAAGAUUGUUAUUUCUCAUGACAAUUCAAAUAAUUACACUGAAACCAACAAUGUCGUUUAUCAUGAAGUUUUCAGAAAUAUUUAA